AUGGCAGCAGCAGACGAACAGAAGAACAUCGUAAUCAUUGGCGGUGGUAUUAUUGGUGCCACCUCUGCCUAUUUCUUGACGCAUCAUCCUUCAUACAAUCCGGAAAAGCACAAAGUCAUCCUCCUGGAGGCGACAAAAAUUGCCGGAGGCGCAAGUGGCAAAGCAGGAGGACUCCUGGCAUUAUGGGCCUACCCUUCGUCUAUCGUACCUCUCUCAUACAAGUUGCAUAAGCAGCUCGCCGACAAAUAUGACGGUGAUGAGCGUUGGGGUUACAGACAAGUUCACUGUGGUUCGGUAGAUUGCAAAGGCCGUCAACUGCAAAAGCCGACAGAUACUGUGAAGGGCAAAGACAACGAGAUGAACGGAAAGAACGCUGGCGAUCGAGAAAAGCACAGUGUCAGUUUGGAGAAGAACCCUCCAAAGGUAUCGGCCAAAUUGGCAGCCAGAGGCAUACCAAAAGACCUCGACUGGAUUCACCCUGACUGCUUGAGAAUGUACGACGAGAUGGGAGAUCCCUCAACCACUGCUCAAGUUCAUCCUUACCAAUUCACCACUUCCAUGGCCGACUUGGCCGCUGAAAAGGGUGCUGAUGUCCGCGUUGGUGCUGCCGUUAAGAGCAUCAACCACAGCAAGGACGGUAAAAGCGUGGAGAGCGUUACAUAUGAGGACAAGAACGACAACAACAAGGAGGUCACUAUUUCAGCAACGGACGUGAUCAUCUCUGCCGGCCCAUGGACAAGAGAGGUCUACCCUGACGCCCCUAUCUCGGCUACUCGAGCCCACUCUGUCACCGUUCGUCCAACUCGUGAAAUCAGCGCGUACGCCUUGUUCACCGAGAUCAGACUACCAGCUGGUUUCGGAGGUGCAACCGAUAAAGCCAAGAAAUCAUGGGGCGAACAGCAUGUUUCGCCGGAAAUUUAUACGAGACCGAAGAACGAGGUUUAUGCCUGUGGUGAAGGAGACCACAUGGUUCCGCUGCCCAAAUCAUCUGAUCUUGUCGAGGUAGACGAGCAGAGAUGUCAGGACAUUGUCGACUAUGUUAGCAGUAUCAGUGACGAGCUGCGAGACGGAGAGGUUACCGCACGACAAGCAUGUUACCUCCCGAACGUUCGAGGAGGAAACGGACCCUUGAUUGGACACACUGGAGUAAAGGGUCUGCUGAUAGCCGCCGGACACACUUGCUGGGGUAUGUUGACACUUUCUCAACCUUUGCUUAGGCUUGACUGA